AUGCGUCUCUUAAACUUAAUGAAUACGAAAAGCGACAUAGGAUGCGCUUGUGGGCGAAUUCAUCCCAUAGGAUCUGGCGUAAUGGUAUGGUAUCAAAAAUUUGAGUAUGCGAUUGCACAUUGGUUUCAAAAAGCUGCUGAACAUGUGUUCGGAUGUGUGCUGUGUGCGCCGGGUUGUUUCUCACUGUUUCGUGCUUCAGCUUUGAUGGACGAUAAUAUUAUGCAUAAAUACACGAAGACAGCUCAAGAGCCGCGUCAUUUCGUACAGUAUGACCAAGGUGAGGAUCGAUGGCUUAGUACACUAAUGCUAAAACAGGGUUAUCGUAUCGAAUACGUUGCUGCGUCGGAUGCAGAAACCUAUGCUCCGGAAGGUUUUGAAGAGUUCUUCAACCAGCGGAGAAGAUGGACGCCUUCGUCUAUAGCAAACACUAUUGAUUUACUGGCCGACUACAAGCGAGCUUCCGAGAACAACGACUCCAUAUCAAUGUCCUACAUAGCCUAUCAGUUCAUAGUGAUAUUUUUCUCCAUGUUGGGACCAGCUAUCAUGUUUUGUAUGCUUGUGUUUGCACAGUCGGGUCGAAACGACAUGAAGCACGAUGUGUCUGCGUACGCGCUCAAAACGACGCGGUGGAAGCAGCAGUUGCAAACUGUAGCGGUGGUGCCAGCAAGGGUUCCAGUACGCUCCUAA